UAAUUUAAAUAUUUCAAACAUAUUUUUAUGAAUGACAUUUGUAAAACAUAACGUUGCAAUAUAAUAUACAGUAAAUCGCGCUUAAGUGCCUCCACGCUUAACUGCCAUUCCCGCUUAAGUACCUGUAUUUUACUGCUUCGAACAUUUUUUCGAAAAAAUGUAUAGAAAUUUCCCCGUUUAAGUACCACUCGGUUAAGUGCCAAUCCCGCUUAGCGGCCACUAAAUUUCGUGCUUCAUUAAAAAAUUUGGAUUAAGUUUCCCCCUCUUAAGUGCCACUUUAAAUUUAAAAUUAUAAAAUCGAAAAAUAUUCCUGUAAAAUCUUAAAAUAUGGCAAUAUAGAUAAGUGCUUUUCUUAUCGAGCAUUUGUAUUAAUCGAUCUUCGCUAUCUACGUGUCAAAAAUUUUCGCUUUUGUCAUUUGCAUCGUUGUAAGUUUGAAAGAUACAGGAAAAUGCCUGGUAAAACGCGCAAAAUAGUAACUGCUUUGACUAUAAAACAAAAGUUGGAAGCAAUAAAUUUUAUUGAACACGAAGGAAAGCCGAAGGCUGAUGUGGCAAAAAAGUUCAAGGUGGACAUUUCAAUCAUCCAUCGAAUAUGGAGGAAGCGCGAAGAAAUUGAGGCGGCUGCCUCGAAAACUAAUUUAAAACGCAAACGAUUGCGUUUUGGUACAUGCGAUAAAGUAGAGGAAGCUUUAUUAAAAUGGUUCAACUAGAUGCGAUCGUUGAAUGCGACAAUUUGUGGAGCUCAAAUUGCACAAAAGGCAAAGGAAUUCGCACUUAAAAUGGGCUGCGACUUUGAGCCAACUGCUGGUUGGAUGUGGCGUUGGCAGCGACGUGAAAAUAUUAAAUUUAAAAAAAUACGGCGGCGGAAAACUACCGCAAUGAAGUUUUAAAUACCUUAAUAAAGGACUACGAGCCAGGCGAUAUAUUUAAUGCGGAUGAAAAUGGUCUUUUUUACAAGGCUCUUCCAAGCGGAACGUUGUGUAAAGGAGGAGACAAGGCUGUGGGCGGUAAGGCACAAAAGGCCCGCCUGACUCUGUUAUUUUUAUGUAAUUCAGAUGGAACCUUCAAAAAAGUUUUUGCAAUUGGAAAGUCGAAAAACCCGAGGUGUUUUAAGGGAAAAGUUGUGCCGCUGCCGUACUAUUCCCAGAACAAAGCUUGGAUGACAGGAUCUUUGUGGUCAAUGAUAAUGAAGGAAUUUGACAAUGAAAUGGGAAAGCAAAAGCGAAAGGUGUUAUUAAUAGUUGACAACGCAGCCUGCCAUAAAGUUAAUGGUUUGAAUGUUGAGAAUGUAAAGAUUACAUUUUUGCCACCAAACACGACAUCACUGUUGCAGCCUCUCGACCAAGGGAUAAUACACUGCUUUAAAGUUUAUUUCAGACAGAUAAUGGUUCGAAAACAAAUACUUGCCAUAGAGAACGGCUUGUCAAUUAAACAAUUUAUAACAUCGAUUUCAAUACUUGAUGCCCUUAAUUUUAUUAAACGGGCAUGGUGGCUUGUUAAAAGCGAUACCAUAAGAAAUUGCUUUCAAAAAGCUGGAUUUCAAGUGGAAGAUAUUUCGUUCGACCAUAUCGAGGAAAUAGUAGAUGUCCCUAUUGAAAUACAUAACUUUGAUGAAUACGUUGCGUGCGACAGUGCAUUGAUUGCUUUGGUGUUCUUACUGAUGAGGAAAUAGUAAAAGAUGUAUUAAAUGAGGCUGAUGUUGAAUCAUCAGAAGAAUCUGCAGUUGAUGCCGUAACUGACCCGCCUUCCUUUGCUGAAACUUUAAGUGCUCUUAGCCUUAUUAAGAAGUUUGUAGAUUACAACAAUAUUGACGCCGAAGAAAUUGAAACUUUGGAAGAAAAGCUUUUCAAAAAGAAAUUUCAAAAUCUUCGUCAGAAAAAAAUUGCUGACUUCUUUUUUUAAAUUGAAGCGAAACUACUUUAUUACAUAUAAAUAAGAAGAUAAGUACAUAAAAUGUAUGUACCUACCCAUAUGUAAACUUGAAUUAAUAAUUUAAUUUUAAAAGCUUUGAUCUCAAGAAAGGUCUCUUUGUUAAAUUGUUUUCUUUUUCGUUCUUUUUUUUAUUAAUUUUUGUAAAUUAUAAUCAAUAAAAUUGAUUUAAUCAAAAAUAUAUCUAUGCAGCUUUUUAGAAAAGUUCAUAAACGAAAUCUUCGUAAGUACCAUAUGGCACUUAAGCGGGUUUCUUUUAAAUGCCACUCCCGCUUAAGUGCCACAAAAACCUGACAUCGUUAGGUGUGGCACUUAAGCGGGAUUUGCUGUAAUAAAAUUUUAUUGAAAUUAAGCAUUGACUGUGAAACGCAAACGACUGCUCAGUUUGCAACAAUGCUUAGCUAAGAUUUUAUUUAGGCACAACUUAAGUAUGUACUGUGAAACCGGGCAUAAGAUUGUAAGAAACUAGAAUUAAAAGUUGAACAGAGAACGUAUAAUAUAGAGAAGGUUCAGGGUGUGCCGAUUGUCAAAAUGUUCCUCUUUUUGGAGGAGUUGAGUUUUCUAUUAGUGGAUUUCACCACAAAAGGAGGGGUUGAGUUUUCUUUUAGUGGAUUUCACCAAUAUUUAACAGAAGCAUCGGAAAUAGCAGAAUUGAGCAUUUUCAGUGUUAAAUGAGAAAAGUGAUGCUAGUUUCAAUGUACGCUUACAGAUUCUCAUAUUUACAAUGCGCAAGCGACUAUGGAUAUUCUUCAUAUAUUUGAUAACAAGGCUCAUAUGUAUGUAUAUAUGUAUGUAUGUAUGUAUGUAAGUGCAAUUUGACUACUAUAAUGAUGAAUUCCAAUAAAUCUGUUGA